GUGACCCUUGCCUUCAUCGUCGUCGUCUCCGUCCUCAUUACAAUCGACCGCUACUACUGGCACCAUUGCCUCUCUGAGUCAACCGGAACUCUCACUACAGGCAUUACGAUAGGAUGCAUCUGAAGCGCGGACUCGCAUUGAGCCUUGGAAUGCUGCCCAUGUGCUCCUCUGCGUUCUCUUGGAACAAGGAACCUGCCGAAAGAGCAGCUCUCAAGAAAAAUAAGUUCUUUUGGGACGAAGAGAGCUUACCACCUGACACGGUGGAGGUUGCAGCGAUAACCAGGAACGCAGAGCUUCUUCAGUCAUAUGAUAGGAAACCAGAUUGUUUCCGACGUGCAGCUGGGCUCAUUCAGACGCGAUGCAGUGAGCUGGACAUGGAUGAGGACGAGAGGGUGAAAGCUGCGAUAUCAAUGACACUAUGCGAGCUCGGCACCGCUCAGCAUCAUUCCGCUCCUCUGGAAUGUGCUGAUUUUGACCCAAAUUCAAGAUAUGCAGAUCCGCGAAUCCACUCUUCUAGGGCAUGCGUAGAGGCCCUCUCACGUAGUGCACAAUACUGGUCAAGCUAUUCCGGCUAUCUGCGUGAAGUCUCACAGUUAUGUUACGCCUUUCGUCGAUGGAAUGACAUUGAUCUGGCCAGAGACCUAUACAAGAAUGCAACUUUGGAGAACCUCGCGCUGCUUCAACACGUGGUUCAGCGCGAAAAGCAUAUGGACAAGCAUCAACAGCAGUCUGAGCAAUUCUUACAGGUAAUCCUCGCACUGCGUUUAUAUAGUCAUCUAGACCUAGCUGCUGCUCAGGAUGUGCGAGUCGUCUUGGGAGACUUCCGUUCUGCUAGUACAGAUGUUGUCUCGGCAUACCAAGACGUCGUUCAACUGGUCUCAAAUAGCUUUGAGGAGAGCUUCCGUUAUAUGCAAGAAGCCGUUACAAAGAUUUUACAGAAUGCCGAACAUGAGCAGUCGCACUCAGUAUCACGGAUCGACCAAAUGAUCGGUAGCCUCGUCGAGCAGCAUGCGUUGUCAUUGGAGGCUCUGGUUCCUUCUUUCGAACGAUCGCUCUACGCACAACUUGAGCAUAUGAUCAGUAAUCUUGCGGAGCGCUUUGAAGGAGUGCUAGUAACUGCAGAUGCGACACGAUGGCAAUUAUUGUCUGUCACUGAAGACGUCACCGGCGUGCAACGGUCCGUUGAAAACCUUGCUGCCACUGUUGUGUACGCGGAAGAGCAAUUGGUGUCACAGUUAGAGCAAACCCAACGUGUGCAUUCUCUGCAGAUCGAGACCGCAGAGUCGGCUGCUAGGGUGGCAGAUGCAUUGUCUGGGCUUACAAUAAUCGCUCGCGAGGAGAUGAAGAACAUCAGUGAUGUCGCCGCAGAUCUCAGGGAGGGUCUGUUCAAAGGCGUCUCGACUGGUAUGAGUUCAUACUUGUCAAGCCUUGGUAAGGCAACCAUCUUCUACAUCUUCGAGAUUGUACUGCGCGUGGAUCCGCUGCAUGUCGAACACGCUAUGCAUCUCCCGGUCUUCCGUGCCCUUGCGAUGGCUGGACACCUCGCGUCUCUUGUGGUGCGAGCAAGCUUCUCAUCCCUUAUGAGCAUUGUAGUAUUGCUUGCCUCGCUGAGACGGUGGUCUCAAGUAUCGGUCAAUACAACGCCGGAUCCGGAGAGACCCUACGACCCUCAAGAGUCCGCCUAUCCUGCUCUGUUUCCGGUGUCUCAGGGUCCCGCACGUAGGACGUCUCGUCUCGGCCCUGGCUCUGCUUCCUUCUCGCGACCUCCUCAGUGCUAUCGUGCCCGGAUCUCUCGAAUCCCGGAUAGACUCUACAACUCCACCGACGCGCUGUAUAGUUCAUGAUGCUCCUAUCUCUUCCGGAAGUCCAUGUUCCAGGUCGUUCUGCGGUUAGCGGCCUCGUGUAGGUGAUUCGACUGGUGCUGCCGAAGGUGGCAUGACACGCGCUGU